AUGGCUGAUAAAGAAGACAAGAGUAGCCCAUCCACGACGGAGGAGCUCAAGAAUUCUGGAGCGGAUGGUGGUGAUGGAGUCGCCCUGCACGACGCCACUGAUGCGUACCCUUGCCGUAGCGACAGGGGCAUCCCUUUCUUGCAAAGCAAGACCGGUAAAAGAAAGGAGGAAAAAAUGGAGGUGGAUCAAGAAGGACUCUCGGAUUCAGUGGCUUAUAACAUGAACUACUCUAAUGUGGGAUAUUGUGUGAUCAUCAACAACAAGACAUUUGAUCAGAGAACAGGAAUGGGUGAAAGAACUGGCACAGAUGUGGAUCGAGAUAUGCUUGAAAAACAAUUCAAAGAUCUCGGAUUUCAAGUGGAAGUGAAAAACAAUAUGAAAAGAAAAGAGAUGGUCUCGUAUAUUACGGAAGUUGCGGAGAAGGAUCACCGGCAAUGUGCAUGCUUCGUGUGUAUCCUGCUGAGCCACGGGGAUGAGGGAGUCAUCUACGGCACAGACGAUUAUUUGCCCAUUCGCGAUCUCACCACCCCCUUCCGCGGAGACCUGUGCCGCCAUCUUGUCGGCAAACCCAAGCUCUUCUUCAUACAGGCAUGCCGCGGGACAGAGUUUGAUGAGGGGGCGACCACGUGCGCGGAUAAUGAUGUGGAAACCGAUUCCGACUCAAUAUCUCGCCAAACCAUCCCAGUGGAGGCAGACUUCCUCUACUGCUACUCGACUGUGCCUGGCUACUACUCGUGGCGUAACGUCGCCACGGGGUCGUGGUUCGUGCAGGCGUUCUGCAAGGUCCUCAAAGAGAGCGCCAAUUCUAAUUUGGAGUUGAUGCAGCUGCUCACGCGAGUCAACCGGAAAGUGGCAUAUGACUACAUUUCGUUCUCAAGCGACACGCGCUUCUCCGGCAAGAAGCAAAUCCCCUGCAUUGUCUCCAUGCUCACGAAGGAGUUUCACUUCCCAUCGCCCCGCUAGGAGCAUUGUCACGAAACUUCAACCCCAUGUGUGGCGCUACAAGUGUGCAAAGGGAUGAACUGAUAUGGUAUAUUGAUAUGUUUAAUUCAAUGAAAGGGUGUGCUGUAAGCCAGUGGGCAUGAUUUUUUUAAAAAUAAUAAUUCUUAAACGUUUAGUACCGCUGAGGUUGUUCCUUUAAAUUGAAUGGUUUACUUAGCAACUCGGUUAUAUGCUACAUGAAAAAGAUGUCAGAUUUUUUUCUGAUGUGACCUUUUAAAACUGUAUCUCAGGUUAAGAAGGCUUUUUGUAAAACAUUCUAUACAGUUCAAUAAAAGCGUUGUAUUUGACAUUCCUAGGUGUUCCACUGUUUUAUUUGGUUUAUACUCCGCAUUAAAUGAUCACUGGGUCGAUAUUGAGUUAGGUUAGCGUGAAUAGUGUCACAUUUUUCCAAGUCAUCAUGAAUAACAAAUGUGCAUUAUUUCCAAGUUGUUAUUGUGCAAGGCACAAUGAUAACUUGCAUGCUUGUCCAAUACCACAAGGUGCCAUUGACAAUUAUAACAACCGCCAUUCACCAUUACGUGGUGGUGACGUCACCACGGUGCUUGUGCCAGGCUGUCUGGGACCCAAAGAGAGGACCCUAACAAAACAAAAUACUUUAGCCAGUCCUCUGCCAACUUACUUGGGAGGCAUUUCCUGUUAGUGGAUUAUAUUGCGUAUUUAAGGGUAGAAACAUAUUACCUAUUCCACACCAACAUUUCUGGUUUCAAGAAGCACCAAAUUUAAGGAGCACCGUUUUUGAGUAAAACCACAUUGUUAUCAAAUGCAGGUUCUUGCUCGUGUUUUUCUCACGCCGCUUUGCUGAUAAUAUCCACAAUGAAUGCCUUGUGUACAUGUAUGCUUUUAUGGUUAUGAAAUAUAUCCUACAAUGUAAUUUCCCGCAUGUGUUAUUUUGAGACAAAUGCAUGCAUUUUGAAAGAGCCUUCAUUAUUAACUUUUGCAGAGUAGUUUCUUUUUGCGAAUUUGUUUCAAUGAAAAUACACUGAUCUAGUAAUGUUUUGUAAUGAUUCAUAAUUGGUUUCUGUUUGGUUGGGUCAUCAUGUUAAUGUGUCGUAAACCCUCCUCCACCGGACCCAACCAAUUGAUUAAAGUGUCGCUUGAAACAAACGUGGGCAAAUGUGUCACUACUUCAACAGCGCCACCACCAGUGUUGUUUUUAUAGAGACAUCUCACAACACUUCAAUGGGUGCGACGUUUGGCUGGAGAUUUCAUCCAGUAUCAUCAGGUUAUUACGAGUUUACAACGCCACUAGUGGUGCUGCUGCUGAAUCGGUCAUACAUUUCACAUGUUUGAUUCACGUGACACCUUUAUUAAUUGGUCGUGUCGGGUGGAGGAGGAUUUACGGCACAUUUUUACACGAUGACAUGACCCAAAGGGAGCCAAUUAUGAAUAAUAUUGGUAUUGAAAGCCUAUGGAUAAAAUUGUGUAAUCUUUUUUACGUAUGUAAAUGGUUUGGCACAAUAAAACUUUUUUCACAUGUUUAA